AUGUCGCUCAACACCUCCUUCCGCCGUGCUACAACCGGCACCGGCCCCUCCAAGACCCUCCUCAAAUCUACAUCCACAACAUCUCCAUCAACAUACAUCUGCACCCAAUGCCGACACGCAAGUCUCCUCCGCCGCCCCAAACGACCCUACACAUUCACGCAACUCAUCGCCCUCUCGGACGGAAGCACAUUCCUGCACCGCACCACCUCGCCCACGCCCGUUUAUCGCUCAACGCGUGACACACGCAACUCCCUACUUUGGAAUCCGACAAGCAAGAAACUGCUAACCGUGGAGGACGACGAGGCGGGUCGCUUGGCCGCUUUCCGUGCGAAAUUCGGAAGGAGUUUUGAUGCCGCGGGCACCGCUGCAGAGGAGGCUGCUGCUGCCGUUUCUGGAGGACCACCUACAGCGAAGGGCCAGAACGUCGAUAUGAAACAAGCGCAGGACGCGGCGAUUGAUGCUGCAGCUGAGAAGGCACUAGCACAGGAGGAGGCAGAUCUCCAAGAGGAGGAGGAUAGCUUGUUGGAUCUGAUUAGUUCGUUUGGGCAGGAGAAUAAUGGGAAGAAGAAAUAG